CAGCAUUUAGGCUCUGGAGUUUCCCUCACGUAGAUUAUAGUGCCUCCUCCAUCCUCGCAUCUCUAUCACUCCAUCAUAUAUAAAAGAAAUCUAGUACUGAACCGCCGACAUGUCAUUGUCGGAUCAGUCCCAGCUCUGGAGAACCAUCUCCCAACAUCUCCCCAUUCCUGGAAGCAAGAUCAUAAAUAUCAAACAACAUGGAACGUCGUAUUAUGGGCUAACGGCGCGAGUUGCCGUUGAGCUACCCUCUGGUGCGCUAGCGGACUACUUUCUAAAAGCUAUGCAAGGUGAACUGGCACAGGAAUCCUGUGAUGGCGAGUGCGAAGCCCUCAAGGCAAUCCGCUCCGUCUGCACCCAUGCCCCAGAGCCAUACAGCUGGGGCAGAUACAAAGAAAACGGAAUCGAGCACGCAUUUCUCCUGACAGAGUUCAUCAAGAUACGGAAACAGCCGGCAGACCCCCAAGCCCUAGCCGCCGCGCUGGCAACCUUGCAUACCCAGUCCACCUCCCCAACAGGCAAAUUCGGCUUCCACAUCAGCACGGUCCAUACGCGCAACAUUCAAAACAUAAGGUUCUGGACCUCAUCCUGGUGCGAGCUCUUCAGCGCCCAUCUAUCCCGAAUCCUCUCGCACGCUGAAGCGCAUUUCCAAUGGCCACUAUUCGACUUAGUCGGGGAACUAAUCUUAACUACCGUAAUACCAGCACUGUUGCUUCCCCUCCAAAGCAACGGACGGACAUUAAAACCAUCCCUCGUGCACGGAGAUUGCUGGGACGGAAACACUGCGAUGGGCGAGGACGGGCGUGCGUAUUUCUUUGAUGUAGAUUCAUUCUACGCGCAUAAUGAGUAUGAACUCGGGGACUGGAGGGCGAAACGACAUAAACUUAGCGAGAAGGAUUAUGUUGAGGCUUAUAAGAAGCUUGUCCCGGUUUCGGAGCCUGUAGGAAUUUAUUGUAUUCCUUGACAUGGAAUAUAUGCAAUGCGUUGUUUGUGCCUGGGUCUACGCAGAAGGAGCCGGUAUUUCACGAUAUGUUAACGCUGUGCGAGAGGAUCUGUCCUCAUGAGAUCCAGAGUCUACUCGGUAAUAGUUCCGUGGAAGUGUAAAUGGGCUUUAGAUGUAUACAGUUAAUGGGUACUGUUAAUG